UGAAGUGCGGACGUUUGUUGUGAGAUUUAUUUCCUAUAUUUUCGCCUUCCGUCGUUUAAUUAAUUUUGUGUGAUGUUAACGAUUAGAUAGGAAUAAAUCUUUUUUACUUUACAUUAGAUAGUGCUCAAAUAUUUUUGCCAAGUGUCUAAAUGUAGAAAAAGUAGGAUGUUCCUCGAGCGUAUAAUCCUGCCCGUGUUCUGCCUUGGAAUCAAAGUUUUCCACUGGACCCUGGCCGAGGAGGUGGACAUCAGGGAGGUGGCGGCAGACAAAGGCACGAACGUGACGAUCCCCUGCGGCGGGCUGCAGGUCCUGCCGGCCUCCAACGUCCAGUGGGUGCACCGAGGCAAUCACACGCACCAUGAAAUAUUGACUGAUGGCAGCUUAUUCAUUCCAAUGAUAGGCCCGGAUGACUCCGGGUUAUACGAGUGCGGGGUGGAGAACGAGACAUCCUUUCUCGACAGAAUGAACGUCACAGUGCGGACCGAGCCUCCUCCCCUGGUGAACGUAACAGUCCACGCGUCCACAAUCCUGGCUCUUAUUCUGUGGAACGUGGCCGGCGACGGAGGGCAUCCCAUCAUAGACUUCACGGCUCAGUACCGGUCCGCAGCGCCUGUGAAUGGGUCCCUAGAACCCUGGAGGCCAAUCAGCCCCAACCACAUCAGUCCGAACUCGCGGCAAGUGGACGUGUACCAUUUGGACACGAACGCGUCGUACUGGUUCCGCGUGUGGGCCACCAACGCGCUGGGCCCCGGGCCCCCGGUCGAGGUGCUGGCCACCACGCUCUACAGCGACCAGGAGGCUGAACUCUACAAGCACUUCCUGGAAGGCUCUGAGAGCUUCGACACGCGCACGUGGGUAGCGGCCGUGUGCGUGGUCAUGGGAACGCUGCUGGUGCUGGCUGCUGGCACGUGCGCCGUCCUCUGCCGCGAGUGGCGUCGCCCCGAGUAUGGUGACGAGCAAGACGUAAUGGAGCUUGUGCCUAAUAUAAUCUUGAACCCGGGCUUCAUGGAUACCGAGCCUUCGCGCCCCCGGGAGACACAUGCAGCUUCCAUCAUCAGGUCGACGGAGUGCCCGGGGCCCGGGAAGCCUCGGAGGGUCUGAUUCUCGUCUAUACUGAACCUUAGGAUAUUCUAUCGCACCGAUUCGGGACUGAUCUCAUGAUCUUGGGCAGACGAUCGUGGGCAAGCAGCUAGAAUGUCACUGGAUUGAUUCAGUUGAAGAUUGAGGACAGCGUUACUUUUAUCAUUACUUACAUGAUUUGACAGUUCUUGGCUACAGUGAUCUCGAUUUUGAUACAACAAGCAUGUUAUUGAUCACUGUAAGCCGUUAUAAUUCGACUUAACUGUAUAUUACUUUGUACAAAGCUAAAUAUUAAAAAAUGAAGCUUUUUAAAACGAUGUCUUGGCCCACAAUCAUGUAAAAUGUCAAUUAAAAACUACAAUGUUUUUAUUUCCAUCUGUGAAAGGGUAAGAGCACAUAUCAAGAAGGUAAGUUGACUGACGAAGAAUCUGGGCGACAGAGUAUCCUAUUGGUUGUAAUGCGUUGCGCGCGAAUAUUAAUAAUUAAAUUAAUGUAUAAACAAGGUGCACACCUAUUUUUGCUUCAAAGAGUUUCUGUACAACUCGUUCAAUAAAUAAAAGUAAUACAGUUAGUCUUAAAAUACCAAAGUAAUGUAUUUUAUUCUUGAAUCUAGUCACACAGGUGAAUGAAACUUUUUGAGACAAAAAUAUUGUUACAAUUUUACCUUAUACCUAACUACUGAGAGAGAUCAUUUUGUAGAUUGUAAAGUUCCAUGUCUGGCAGUGUUAAGGUUGCCAUCACUAAAAAGAAUAAAUCGUUUAGCAAUUUAUGCAGUUUAAACUUUAGACGUUUCUUAUACUAACCGAUAUGCUUGCAUUUUCUAUUUUGUAAAAUUAUAUACACAGUUAUUGUGGUGUAAGUCUGACACUGACGCUUUAUUUAUUCCCUGGCAACCCUGACCGCGAAUAUACAUUUUAGGAGACAUGUUGCUUACCGUUCAAAGUAAAUUGUUGAUGUUGCUAGUUCUUAAAAUAGUAUUUUUAAUUAUAUAUUUUGCAAUAUUAGAUAUAUUUUUAUAUUGAGAUCUCGAAUAAAUUAGGCACUUUUGUAUAAAUUACGUAUAAAAUAAUCGGUUUCAUUUUUUGUGAUUUCGUGCUGUGAUUUUGUUUGAAUAUUUUUUCUAUGACAUAAAAUAAGGUAUGGUAUUACUUAUAUCUGUAAAUAUAUAUUUUAAUAAAUAUGUAUCAUUUGGAGACUGGUGCGAAGGUAUAGUAUUCUAGAAUAGUGUAUAGCGAUAGCGUAUAAAUGCUAAUGUAACCCUAAAGUAAGCUUGAAAGUACUGAGCUUCCUUAAGCGUGUAAGCCGCUGUGGCGAGCCUAGAGUAAUGUAACAAGGUUAGUAGUACAAAUCAAGCAGAGGGUGAGGGGUAGGCCAAUUAUACAUAAUAUAUUAUAAUCAUUAUUAUUCAUUAUACAUACAUACACCAACAUUAGAGAUAUUAAUAAGUACAAUUAUUAGCAGUGAAUGUAUGUAAAAAACCGAUUUAAUCAAUUGUAACUGCAAUGGUACCUACCUCUUACCCUGUUCACCGUAAGCCAAUAGUAGAAUGCUGUUGUACGGUAGUGUAAAAAAUGCUACACUGCUUACAAAUAUUGUCACAAAGAUAUAAACGACAAUAUAAUAGUUUGUAUUCAUAUUGAUCAUGUUAUAGUAUACUACAUUCAUAAUGUUAAAGUUACGUGUUACGCUCGAAGGCAAUGAUGCAAUGUUAAAUUGUAAGUACAUACAAAUAAAUAUAUUGCAUUUGUCAUGGCUUAAAUGUAUAUUUUUAUGUCAAAAUCUUAACCACAUUAUGUAUGUAUAUUUACAGUCUUGUAUUUUAUUUAUCUUUGUCAGAAUAGGUAUAAAUGAAUAAUUUUAAUUUGUAUCUUUCGUUUGGUUUAAAGAUAUGAAUUAGUGAUGUCUUACUCUAUAAACUUUCGCAAACUUGUAAUAAAUUGUGUAUAAUAGGUGUUUGUAAUUGUAGUUAAUGACUGUGAUGAUUAUAAGAAAUAUUAUUAUUAUGUACGUAAAAUAGUAAAAAUAAAACAUGACAAAUGCAACGGCUAGUUUUAAAUACAGAUGAGAAAGUUUUAAUGUUGUUGUCGAAGUGAAAAAGCUGUUUAUUUUUGUAUACAGUGUGUAUACAUAUCAGGGGCGCCUUAGGAUAUGAAAGUUGUGAAAAUAUAUAAAUGUCGUAAUCCUUCUCUUCCUGAACUAUGAGUUGUAUAUUUUGAAAAAAAUCAAGCUGCAAGCAGGAGACGAAAAUAUUCAGUAUUCUGCUAGUCAAGUUUUUUUUCUAAAUAUACAACUUCUCUCUAAAUCUCUCUCUUGUGUAGCUCAUUGCCUUUCUGUGUAUUCACUACGUAUUUUUACUCGGCACCGAUGACUAUUGAUAGUAUUUUUAUUGUUUUGUGACUGGCUGUGUUGAUUGUGACAUUUAUCUAGUAAAAAAUCUUAUGAUAGCAAUAACUGCCAGUUUUAACAAUAAUUUGAUCAUUCAUCGAUUAUAGGGAAAACUGCUUUGUAAAUUUAUCAAAAAUAUUUUCGAAACUUCUAAAUGUUGCGUCCAAAGCUUUUACUAGAAAGUUUAAAACUACGUCCAUAUCCAAAUCGAAUAUUAGAUGACCAGUCACAGAGCACAAACAUAUAUUCCUAUUCUGCGUUGUGCUUGCUCUCUAAAAUUAGUUUUUAAGUAAUAGAAAACUUGGCAAUUAUUAAAAUAAUCCGUGGCUAUAGGUGUUACUCGUUAACCUGAUAAUGAUGAUGAUUUAAAGAUAUUUAUUGGAUCACAUAACUUCACGUCAGAUUAUUAAGUUCUAUAUUACGCAGAUAACAUUGAAUUUUAAAAGUUAACUAACCUUUUCGAAAGUAAUUGUUUUCUAAUAAUAUACAAUAAAUGUAGUGUAUACACGACCUGUAUAAAGGGUGUGUAUGUUAUAAAUGUUAUAUAGCAAUAGUUAACUGCGAAUCAAUGGGUUACUGUUAACCAGUUACACAAAUUGCCACGGGACAUAUAAAUGUGCUAAAUCGUCAAUUACACGUCUUGUCUUCUUGGUGUAGUAAUGUGUCUGCACCGCUAACUCUCUCAAAACUACGGCUAUGAGGUCUUUAAAUAUGUCAUAAAUAUUCGUAAUUAUUAGUUUACCUAAACUUAUAUAUUUUGAGUUUAUAAACUAAACAAACACUUUUGUCUUCAAAACUAAUGCAAUUCAAAUUAUGCAACUUAAACUGUACAUAGUUGUAGACCUUUGUAUACAACUUACGUUAUGGCAGAAUUAUGUAUAUCCUGAUUUGUGUAUUAUUAUUAUGUCGUAUUUACAGAUCACAUUCUAUGCCGUAGUGUCGUGUUUGCACCACUUUGUCUUUUAAUCUUCCACAUAAAGAUAAGUGUUAUUAUAUAAAAGUUAUUUUUGUAUGAUGAUUGGGAAUGGUGUUACAGUAGGGACAAUUUGAAAUGGGAUUACGGUAGUCUUUUUUGGUGUUUGCGAUGGUUCUGGAAUCUUCUAAAGGAGGAUUAAGUUUUUGUAUAUUUCAGUUUCAUAAGAUCAUUACCAUAUUAUUGCCAUGAAUUACUUCUUUAGUGUUUUGAAUUUUUAACAUAUCUAUUACAUCAGUGACUGCAGAUUGUUAUGAUGGCGUCCACAAUUAAAACUGUUUAUACUUUUGUAGCAAAAUUAAAUGACAAUCAACGACAUGAUCCGGUGCGACAUUUUUAAAUAUUAGAUCGAUUUUAGGCCCGGCUUCCACCAAAGAAGAGAAGGGAUGUGUUUGAUCUUUGAAUAACCAAUCAGAUAUCCGAACCGAAGCUGAGCGGAGAGGUCAUGUGGAAACCAGAGGGCUUAGUGUGAGUUUUCAUCAAACGUCGUCACUAGUGAGCGCGUAAAAAAUGUCAUUAAAUGUAUGACGGAUUGUACAGAGCCCCUAGCGGAAACUUUCAAGAGCUAAAAUUUUCAUUUUUUAACGCGCUCACUAGUGAGGACUUUUGAUGUUAACUCACACUAAGCCCUAUUGAUUGGUUAUUCAAACAUCCUCUCUCUGCUCUGGUAGAAACCAGGCGUUAUUGUUAUAAAGACGCCUGACUCAUGUGUAGCUAAGUAUUAUAUCGACAUAAGGGUUGUACUAGCUUAGUGGUUGGACGCUAGCGUAGGUCGCACGUAGCGUAGAUAGCGAAUUCGAGCGAGAGUCAAGACUGGGACGCGGGGUAUAUCGCUAACGAAAACAAAAUCAAUUCAUUGUCUGUAAAAGCACAUGAAUAUUAUAUACGAAUAUUAUUAUACUUAUUUUUAAGCUCCAACUUUUUGAACGUUAGGUACUAUCACUAUUUUUCUGUAACUUCAAAACGCAAGAGAUUUAGGUUAUUUUCUAUAAUAAAUCUCUUCGGCGAAAACUGGAUAAUUCAGUACGAACUUCACUUGGUAAGUUCGUUUGAUCAGAAGUGUUUUUGCUAAACACUGGGCUUGUAUCAUACCAUUUGUAAUAUCUAUCACAAAGGAAAAGGAAAGGAUAAAUAUUCAGUGAACUCGAUUAACUUUGAUAUUAUACUAUAGUAUGUAUACUUUUGCAAUCACGAUUGUUUUGUUAUCUGUAAAAAAAUAUCAACAUUAGUGCGUGAUUCAGGAUAGAGCCUAGAAUAGAAGAAAUAUAAAAUCCUAUUAAUGCAGUUGAUUUUAUAUUUUUGUAUUCAGACACUAUUCUGAAUGAAUCUACUUUACUCGACUGGCAAAAUUAUUAUCACAAAUUGCAUGAAAAACUAACAUUUUUAUUAUUUUUGCAUAAAUGCACAUUGUUAGGCGAAUGCUACACAUUUCUAUUGCUAUUCUCACAUCCUGCUGUAUUAAUUUUUUUAAAAGAAACUUUUUGGUUGUCUUUAAAAAAACAUUUUUAUGCACACUUUUUGCAGUGGUUUUUAUAAUGUGUUUGCAUGUCUUGUAUUAGGACUGGUCUACACAGUGAAAAGUAAUGAAGGCACUUUUUAAUGUAAUACCUGAGUGUUGUGCUAUCAAGCGAAGUUUGGAACGAAAUGUAAAAUAUUCUGACUAAGUAUCAACUAAGUAGACAGAAUGUUAAAUAGAUCGAAAGUGCUAGAAAUUCAUGUUAUACUGUCUCGUUUUAGUUUUACACGUAUUAUUAUGGUAUUUUACCACUUAGUUAUGGUUUAGCUAUUUUUAAAUAAUUUUAGGUGGGAGACAAUGUUUUGAUUGUGCAAUUUAGCUAAGAAAUCAUACUAAAAUGUAUGAAAAAAGUGUAACUUUUGACUUUUCAAAAUGGUUUCGAUAUUCAACAUUCACAUACGACUUUUUCUCGCAGGAAAAUUAUAAAUCUAUCAAUAUUAUAAGCCUCUGGGAUUGUACAAUAUUAAUACUAAGUAAAACAAUGUCUUCUACUUAAAAUGUGUUAAUUGUAAGUUAAUUCUGAAGCCGCGUUGCCUCUGUAAACGAAUAACAUCCUUACUUUAUAUUAAAGUGUAUUAGGUUAAGGUCGCCUUUCGAAUAUCGAGCACGUCCAUGUUAAGUGCAGCGAACUAUGUUUAUUUGCUAUUUUAUUAUUCACUAUAAAUGCUGGUUUACUUCUUUGUUAUUCGACCAAUGUAUUUAGAGCUCGAAUGUUUGUUUCUGCUCCAACUAUCAUAAGACUAGUCUUCUGUCUUUUAAGCCGAGUCUCCAGCGCAUGUUUUGCCCUACACAAUCAACAAAAACAUAAAUCAACAUUCAACAUUUUUUGUAGUCAAUUUUUUUGAAUGUUGAUAGUGUAGUAGGGCAAAACGCGCUGGAGACCCGGCUUUAAAAGCUCUAUCAUACACUCAGAGCUCUAGAUAUGGCGGUCGAUUAGAUGAUGUCGAUUGAUUAGGUGUUACACAAUUUGAUAAAACUAACUUAUUUCAAAUGAUUAUUAUGUAUACUUUUGCUUUGGAUACUUUUAAUACUGGUUUAAUUCUAACCGGGAUUGAUAUAAUAUGACUACAUUGAGGCAUCAAUAGAAUUUGGUAAUAAUCAGGUAUCUUCGACUGAAACCAACAUUGAGUUGUCGCAGAAAUCACACAAUGUCUGCACUUUCCUAUCAAAGAUAGUUUAUGGUAACCAUAGAUUAGACCAUUAUGUCUUUAUUAGUCGGGGUUUUGUUUGCAAGAUUGCCAGAUUCCAUUGGCUUCUACUUGUCUUGAUCAAUCUCGGUGCUUACUCGGGAAAACGUAUCCACUGACAGUAACAUAGUGAUCGCUUGGUGUCCUGUCCGCCGUCUACUAUUAGCGUAGUUAGCUGUGACGUCAUCGCACACAUGUACUGUACAUGUUUGGUUGUCACUGCAAGUUGAUUUAGCAAAAUAUAUUUUGGUUCAAAAUUAGUUCAGUGUAGCCUCGCCUUAAGUUUUGGGAUAUGACGUCAGAAAACUGAAACUCUUUAGGUGAAAAUAAAAUGUUUUAUUACACAACAAUACGAAUAAACAGUAUAUUAUGAGUAUUUUUAUAUUAAACCAUGAUGUGACAUUUAGUUAUUUAAUUCUUAUAAUUUAGACGUACGAGUAAUUAAAUUAAAUAAAGCAAAACAGACUUGGCAUGAUAGAACUCGCAAAUUCUCGUGACUCGAUUUGCAGUGAACAAUCACAUCAUAAACAUUCCAACGUACGAUUGUCUAAACAUUUCUAAAGAUCUUUAGGCCGUGCGCAGGCGCACGCAAGUCAGCGAAAUGUACAGACAGAAAAUCAAACUAAAUACUACAUCUUAUGUAGUUGUAGUAGGUGUUAUUUUGCAACAGAAAUGUUAUAAUCUGAUGUGCUGUCGACUGUAUUAAUUACGUCACUUUCAGUGGGCGUGUCGGGGUGUUUUUCAGUGUGACUAUAGCACCUUGUGUGUUCCUGCGUGCAAACAGCCUUUGACAGGGUCGGACUGAGCCGAAAGGGCAUUCAUAUGUUUGUGGAUUGUGGACUGAGCUGGACUCCACAUUUUCAUAUCUUUGUAUGCAUAUUUCUAUGUACGUAUCAAUAAACCACCUGGGUUCCUACAUGUUAUGUAAUCGUUAAUCGAAGAGACAUGCGUUUUCCGUGAUCAUUGCUUAUCUGGUAGAACAUGGAAUAUGCAAUAGUUUACCAAAGUAGGUAUUCCACCAGAAAACUAAAUUUUCUAAGCAGUAGGACCAUGGGUAACGCAUCACAAGUCUCAGAAAGACAAAUGCUAUUUGUCCAGUCCGACACUGUCCUUUAAUAAACUUCUCGCUAAAUUGAUUGUAUCUCAAAAAUAUAUUAUGUUACCUACGUGCCGAUAGACUGAUAAAGUGAUACAAUCCAAAUAUCUAUGUGAUUUAUGUUCCACGACUAUAAGGAAUUUAUGUAAACCAAAGUUAUUUGAAUCUUAUUUUAUAUUUAAUAUUUUUUAUUAAUGUUAUAUUAAAAAUCCAAAUUUUUGUGCAAUAAUAUUUUUAUUUAUUUAUAGUUUUGUAUGUUUAACUGAUGUGAAGUCGGCAAAAUAUGUAUGUUUUAAUCGAAUUUUCUAAAAUAUUUAAGUAAGUGAUCCGAAUUUUUGUAUGCUAUUUUGCUGACCUUAUUUUUACGCAGUGACGGAUCCAGGAAAGUUGUUCGCAUCAUGACAGCUGUCAUUUUUGACUAGACAUUCUCGCAGUUGGCAUGAAUAAGUGAAGCUCCUAAAGCUAGGACUGCGUUAGUUUUGUAAGUUCAAUUUUGUGUCAAGUCCGCAAAAUUGUUCUACGCUUCAUUUUUCAACUGUAUUAGCUACGUAGGCUAGCUGACCGCCCUGGAUCCGUCCCUGCAAAGCCUGUGAUCACCCGCAAUGUGGUGCCUGUCUAGGUACAAAGACACCGUUGUUGUAAUGUUGGAAAUCAUUC